CCAAGCUGCGUUAUGUAAGGGACGCACAGUUUCUCCUCUUGAUGGAAGUUAGUAAAGUUUUGACUGCGCGCUCACUACUGUGGACAAGCGGGGAUGGUUUCAGCCGUGUGUCUGCAGGUCAGAGUGGAAGAAUUUUUAAGGGAAUUAGAUUCCAAUAAAAACGUAAUCUUAAACUAAAGACCCAGAAGCGCCCUGGGUUACUUUUUAACUUCAAACGUUGAGGGCGGAAUGUUAGAAAUAAGUCUGUAGGUUUCCAGAGCAGCGGGACGCGCGGACGGACAUGGGCGCAGGGACGAGCAGAGGGAAAAAAGUCGCACCUGCGUCUGAAACCGAGGUGAAGGUGACCAAAACGGAGGCCGGAAUCUCCUACGCCAAGACGGACAGGAGUCCACUGCCGUCCCGAAAGAUUCUGAACGUUUUGCGCAAUAAGGAUCAGACUCAGAGCUGUGCGCAACGGCGCAGCGAAGGGCACGACUUGGAGGACUUUUCCGCGGAGGAUGAUGAAGAGUUGAGCACUGUCCUGGCGGAGGACGACAUUCGAGAAGGGAUUUUUGACAAGAAAACUAGUCCUAAGAAGUCUUUCAUCAGAUCCAAAACAUAUGGACUUUGUCACUUUGGUCAGGAGGACACUGGAGAAGAUAUCAGCUCCGCUUCUCAGCCUCGAGCGGCCGGAAGAGCUGCGCCACGUGUCUCACACAGUGUGUCAAAGGAUGUAAACAAAGACUCCACUCUGCAUGAUAACGUCUUGCAAAAGGAAGGCUUGUUUGAAGUUGUUUCCACAUCAGAAAGACAACUGGCUCUGAACAGCUGCCAUCAUUCUUCUCAGCCAAUGCCAGCUGUGCUGUAUGAUGGAUCAGAAGAAGAGCUGAUGGACACUAUUGAGAGAGAGUUCAGUUGAUCAUUCUCUCUAGAAAUAAAGCAACUUAUUGUUUCUUUUCUGUGUUUAUUGGAGAUAUAGUUUGAACAUUUUUAUUUAACCUUUAUUUUACUUGGAGGAUCAGUUGAACAGUUUCUCAUAGACAUUGUUGACAUGCAAAUGUUAUGGUAUAAGGGUCAUUCCACAAUUGGGGGACAUUUGGACUUCCAUUCUGAUUCUCUGCUGUAUAUAUUCAGCAAUAAUAAACUAUCACAGGCUAUAUUUGCUCAGCUUAAAGAUCAGUUGUGCAAUUUUUAUUACAUUUAAGGGUUACGUAACUUGGUGCAACCCUGUUACCAAUUUUUGCAGGUAUAACAGGGUUGCAAAUCUGUACUAAUAUUAGCUCAGGAGUAGAAGCUACUUGUUUAUCUAGCUGUUACCGAUGACCAAGAGGACAAACUUAUGUUCAUAAGAAAAUAAUUUAGGAAUUGUUUUAUUCUGAAGAAAUGAUGUGUAACAGGGUUGCAUGGGGGAAGGGUGAGACAUUCAUGUUGUAAAAAUAUGGCAAAUAGAAAAGAGAUUAUGCCUUUUCUCUACCCAUUCUUUUGGAAAACUGUUUGAUGAUGUCAUGUCCAGCAUAUUAUGUGACUCUGCUACAUUCUUAUUCUGCCAUGAUCAAAAGGUCAUGGCAGCAGAGUUGCAUGCAUGUUGUGGGAUACACGAUCCGUUGGUAAUUAUUAUUUUUUUAAAUAUUGUAUUUAUUAAAACAGAUUCUCCCAAAGUUAAAGAGACAGCUGUGAAACAAUUAAUACAAUAAAAAUAACUUUUUCUAUUUAAGAUUUAUUUUCGGACAUGGAGGAAAAUUUUAGGGGGAAUUCAGAGUUAUUUGGUAUUUUUAAAACUAUUUUCAAGCAUUUCUUUUUCUUAUUUUUUCUAUUUGGUCUCAAGACAAGUAAAUUUAAUCAGAAGCUACAUGUUUUAAUGUUUUGUGUGUGGAUUGUUUGAAAUAUGGUGGAUGGUACGUCAAAUGUCCUCCAAUUCUGGAAUGACCCAAAAAGUGUUUACCUCUGUAUUCUUACAAAUUUCUCUGCUCAUUUUAAACCACUUGUUGAAGCUGGAUGAAACUUCUCCAUCGCUCAUUAUGAGGAAAGCUUUUCAACUUCAUGCAAAGAUAAAUUUGAAGACGACUCAUAAUCAAUGAGCAAUAAUUGAUACCCUCAAGAGUUUUACCUUAGGUGCACACUCUUGAGAAUGACCUUUGACUUAAGGUUUUUUUAUAUAUUUAAAAUAUUUUUGUAAUAAUGUGACACUUUGUCAGACGCCUCUUUAUUUACCUGCUACAAUAAAGAAAUGUUGCAUAAACCA